UGGCUGAAACAAAUCUACUGGUUGGGUACGUGUCCCGGACGGUUUCUAGCAUGUUCGACGCCCCGGCCGUGAUGUGGUCAGGAGAGCAAUAGCUUUGAAGUCAGAGGUCCUGGGUUCGAGAUUCGGCCACUGUCUUGCUGUGUGAACCUGGGCUGCCCACGGGACUCGUCUCGAUCCCGGCUUCCUCAUUUGUGCGACGGUGGGGCAAGCCCUGCCUUUGUGAAGGAAUGGCGAGGCUGAGCGGGACCUUCUAGGAGAGCUGCUACAGUCUGGGAACGGAACUGCCGGAACGGGGGGAAAUGAGUGACAUUCCCUUCCACUUGGGGCACCGUGGGGGGCGCCUGGCAGGGACUGUGUGGGCUUCCAGGAAGGGGCCCCUUUCUCUUGGCUCAGGGGCACACUCCGGCUUGCUAGUCCGUGUGCUCUUGGGGACACAUCGGCCUGUCUUCCUGGGCACUCAUGGGCCCACCUGUUCCGUCUCUGGAUGUUUUCUGACCAUGGACCUGGCCUCUCUGCCAUCAGGUGCCAAGCCCCAGACCCCAGGACGGACCACCUGCUGAGAGAACCAAGACCCUGGUGCUGGCGUGUGAAGGCAGCGUUUCUGGUCCCCGUGAGGCCCGGCGAACACGCGGCCCGAGCCGCCGCGGAAAUGCAGAAAUACUGCUGUUCUGGAACCCUGAGCUGGUUACAGCGAGUCCUGAGGAGCUGCAAACAAUACGUCUGCCUUCUUCCUCCUUGCGGGCUCUGCAGAAGAGGGGUCGCCGCACCCUUCAAGGAGCGGGUCAGCUCAGGGCCAUCAGGCAGCGGUCAGCCAGCCUCCGGCCCGUGGCUUCCUGCAGAAACUUCUAGCACUGUUGGCCAGUGGGUGCUCUUCCCGGGCCUUCGGCAGCUGGGAACCGGGUCAGGACCGUAUCUUGCCAGCAGAAUCUCAACUCCCGUUGCCAGAAAGCUUUGAGUGGCCGGCGGACAAAGCCGUGCUCCCUUGGUGAAGAACUUCCAAGUGAAAUUUGAGAAACUUUGGGGAUUCGCUUCAACAGAAUGUUCCUCGGGGUUUCUGUACUCGGGCGCUGGAAGCCACUCCGGGGACAGAAAACACAGAAGCCUGACCCCCACCCUGGCAAUGUGGGGUUCACCUCUCUAGGCAGGAGGCCUCUCUGCCUCCCGUGGCUCGGACAGAGACACGGCAGAGGUCUCUUUAACGUUGGGACAAGGAGGUUUUGAGCAUUAUCCCUCCAAGUGGAAUUGUGUGUAUAUCCACCCAGAAAGUGAUUGUGUGUGUGUGUGUGUGUGAGUGUGAGAUCUUUGAAAUGACCUGUGAUAUAAUCAGAAGAUGUCAGAGCUGCCGGGCCCCUGCAUGCCCGACGUCCACUCCGCAUGGGACUCUGGGGCCCAUAGAAGCGGUGCUUUCCCAGGGGACCCUGGGAGCUGGGGCAGAAGAGGUGCCCACAUCCAGACUGCCUCCCGUUCCCAUCCGCUCCACGCUGGGAGCUGGGGACAUUCCGUGAGCGAGCGGAGGUGCCAGCCUGUGGUCCGGAAGUAUGGGCGCCCUUCAGAGGAGCCCCAUGGUGAUGGGCUUCUCUGCAGCAGACAGCAAGCUGCCCCUGGUUUUCCCGAUCGGGACUUCGGAGCGGGGCCGUGCUGCUCUCCUGUCCCUGGAGUCCCUCCUUUCCCUGAGCAGGAACGCAGACUCUCCUGUUCUGGGGGCCAUGGGAAAGGCGCUGUUCCCAGAUGCCGCGAUGCGUGCCUUCAGCGGCCGGCCGAGGCGACUAGAAUGGGCCUGUUGUUCUCGCAGGCCAGGCCUGGGCCAGGCAGGGAGGACACCGCGGGCACUGAAUCUGAGAGUAUCGGUUUCUCCCUCCCCGCCUCCCGGCACACCUGUGCAGAAGGAUGCAGGCCCAGGGCGAGGGGCUCUGCUCAGGCCUUCCUGUCUGCCCCGACUCCCCCGGGGCGCCCCCAACACUUUACCAGGAGCCCACGGGCCAGGGAUGGUCAGAUUUGUCCCUGAGCUAGUUCAAGGGGAGGAGCCUGGUCGGGCGAGAGAGAUGUAGACCCCUUCCUUCGUGAGGGAGACUGUUUGUGCCUGGGCAUAGCCACCAUCACGCCAGGGAUAGGACCCGGGGACCCCAGCAGGGAAACCAGAGCUGGUCACCAGCACCCCAAGCCCAGUCUGAGCCAUCUGUGUGGCCACAGGGGGACAAACAUGUUUCCUGGGUGCAUUCUAUUCUGAAAGGGGAACUUGGCAUCUUCUUUUUAAUGUUCCUGUCUUGAGGUUUAUCUAGACAAGAGUCUAAAACAAAAAAGAUAAGCAGCUUUAUAAAAUAGAAGUUUAAUGAAAAAGAAACUUAGUUCUCUCACACAUAAAAAUAAAUCUGUAAUCUAGGGCUGUUCAGUUCUCCACAGGGGCAGGGCCUAGAUGUUUCUCUAGAUUUGCUUUGCCACCUUCAGCAUGGGUCCCACUACGUAGCCAAAGAGAGCUGCUGGAGAUCCAGCCAUCAUACCCACAUUCCUGCCAGCAGGAAGGAGGAAGGAGGGAGGAAGGUCUUCCUCGUUUCCCUUAAGGACAUUUCCUGGAAUUCACACACCGUCCUGGGGAUGUGUUGGCCAGAACUUAAUUCCGAGGCCACAGCUUAUAUAAGAGAGUCUGGAAAGGUAGUCUUUAUACUAGGUGCCCAUACCCCCAGAUAAAAGUCAGGAGUUCGUUUCCCAAGGAAGGAGGGAACAACUGGGGGACAAUUCUCUAUCUCCGCCUCAUCUUCCUUUGGCUAGGUGAUACACAGAGGGUUUGUAACACACAGAUAUCCUGUUAUCAAGACUUAUUUUAGAAGCGUAGACUGAUAAAAAUGGAGCAAAAAUUAAAAUUCAGCCCGUCCACAGCCUUGUUUUCCAAAUUAAGAAACUGAGGCCCAGAGAGUCAGUCAGAAAAGCUGAGCUCACACAGCAAGUUUGUGGCAUCUAAUUUCCUCCAGCUCAUGUUGCGUGGGAGUAUUUUCGGUUUUCUCUGUUUCUUAAGAAAAAGGCUUCAUUCUGGAGGGGCGGGAGCACGGGCACCAAGGAUGAAAUUCCAUCCGCCGCCGGGUCUCUGAGCGGCAGGCCCCUGGCGGGCCGGGGACGGGGCAGGCGCGCCCCGGUCUGCCCGGCCCUGAGUCGUGGCGGCGGAGGACUCUGCCCCGGCUGGCUGACCUGUGCCCACUGGCACUGCCCCUUUGUGCGCCGGUGGCCCUGCCUGUGUCCGCCCCGUCCGUGGACUCACUCAGGGUCUCACUCAGCGUGCUUCAGUUUCAGGGAUCACUCCGCCAGGAUGGGAGCUGCCAGCAGGCAGGACUUCUCCUUCAAGGCGAUGCUGACACUCAGCUGCCUCAGCCUGGCCUGCUUCGCUGGGGCCGCGUCCACAGUGGCAGCCCAGUGCCCUGACCAGAGCCCCGAGCUGCAGCCCUGGGACCCUGGCCACGACCCGGACCACUAUGUGUACAUCGGCCGGGGCAGGACCCUGCUGCUCACCUCGUCUGCCACGGUGAACUCCAUCCACGUCUCAGAGGGAGGAAAGCUAGUCAUCAAAGACCACGAGGAGACCAUUGUUCUGCGCGCCCGGCACAUCCUGAUUGACGACGGCGGAGAGCUGCAUGCUGGGAGUGCCCUCUGCCCAUACCAGGGCAAUUUCAGCAUCGUUCUGUAUGGAAGGGCUGAUGAAGGUAUUCAGCCAGACCCUUACUUUGGCCUGAAGUACAUCGGGGUUGGCCCAGGAGGCACGCUUGAGUUACACGGACAGAAAAAGCUCUCUUGGACAUUUCUGAACAAGACCCUUCACCCAGGCGGCAUGGAGGAGGGAGGCUAUUUUUUUGAAAGGAGCUGGGGUCACCGUGGAGUCAUUGUUCACGUCAUCGACCCCAAAUCAGCGACAGUCAUUCAUUCGGAUCGGUUUGACACCUAUAGAUCCAAGAAAGAGAGCGAACGUCUGGUCCAGUACUUGAACGCGGUGCCCGCGGGCAGGAUCCUUUCUGUGGCAGUGAACGAUGAGGGGUCUCGGAACCUGGACGACGCGGCCAGAAAGGCCAUGACCAAACUGGGCAGCAAGCACUUCCUACACCUUGGAUUCAGACACCCUUGGAGCUUCCUAACUGUGAAAGGAAAUCCCUCUUCUUCGGUGGAGGACCAUAUUGAAUAUCACGGACACCGUGGCUCCGCGGCUGCCCGGGUGUUCAAAGUGUUCCAGACGGAGCAUGGCGAGCAUUUCAACGUCUCUUCCUCCAGCGAGUGGGUUCAAGAUGUGGAGUGGACAGAGUGGUUCAACCAUGACAAAGUGUCGCACACGAAAGGUGGCGAGAAAAUUUCAGACCUCCGGGUAACUCACCCAGGAAAAAUCUGCAACCGCCCCAUUGAUAUACAGGCCACGACAGUGGAUGGAGUUAACCUCACCACCGAGGUUGUCUACAAAAAAGGCCAGGAUUAUAGGUUUGUGUGCUACGAGAGGGGCCGGCCUUGCCAGACCUACCGUGUGCGGUUCCUUUGUGGGAAGCCUGUGAGGCCCAAACUCACCGUCACCAUCGACACCAACGUGAACAGCACCAUCCUGACCCUGGGGGACGAUGCUCGGUCAUGGAAGCCCGGAGACACACUGGUCGUUGCCAGCACUGAUUACUCCAUGUACCAGGCAGAAGAGUUCCGGGUGCUUCCCUGCAAAGCCUGUGCCCCCAACCAGGUCAGAGUGGCAGGGAAGCCUCUGUACCUGCACAUCGGGGAGGAGAUAGACGGUGUGGACAUGCGGGCCGAGGUCGGGCUCCUGAGCCGGAACAUCGUGGUGAUGGGGGAGAUGGAGGACAGAUGUUACCCUUACAACAACCACGUCUGCAACUUCUUCGACUUCGACACCUUCGGGGGCCACAUCAAGUUUGCACUGGGCUUUAAGGCUGUGCACCUGGAGGGUGUGGAGCUGAAGCACAUGGGACAACAGCUGGUGGGCCAGUACCCCAUUCACUUCCACCUGGCGGGCGAUGUGGACGAGAAGGGAGGCUACGACCCGCCCACGUACGUCCGCGAGCUCUCCAUCCACCACACGUUUUCUCGCUGUGUCACCGUGCAUGGCUCCAAUGGCUUGUUGGUCAAGGACGUGGUGGGCUAUAACUCCCUGGGCCACUGCUUCUUCACGGAAGAUGGGCCAGAGGAACGGAACACCUUCGACCACUGUCUCGGCCUCCUCGUCAAGUCCGGAACGCUCCUCCCCUCCGACCGUGAUAGCAAGAUGUGCAAGACCAUCACGGAAGACUCCUACCCGGGGUACAUCCCCAAGCCCAGGCAGGAUUGCAAUGCAGUGUCCACCUUCUGGAUGGCCAACCCCAACAACAACCUCAUUAACUGUGCAGCCGCGGGAUCCGAGGAGACCGGGUUCUGGUUCAUCUUCCACCACGUGCCGACAGGCCCCUCAGUGGGAAUGUACUCCCCAGGUUAUUCAGAGCACAUUCCACUGGGAAAAUUCCUCCAUAACCGAGCACAUUCCAACUACCGGGCUGGCAUGAUCAUAGACAACGGGGUCAAGACUACCGAGGCCUCCGCCAAGGACAAGCGGCCCUUCCUCUCUAUCAUCUCUGCCAGGUACAGCCCGCACCAGGAUGCCGACCCGCUGAAGCCCCGGGAGCCCGCCAUCAUCAGACAUUUCACCGCCUACAAGAACCAGGACCACGGGGCCUGGCUGCGCGGCGGGGACGUGUGGCUGGACAGCUGUCGGUUUGCUGACAAUGGCGUUGGCCUGACCCUGGCCAGUGGUGGGACCUUCCCCUAUGAUGAUGGUUCCAAGCAGGAGAUAAAGAACAGCCUGUUUGUUGGCGAGAGUGGCAACGUGGGGACAGAGAUGAUGGACAACAGGAUCUGGGGCCCCGGCGGCCUGGACCACAGCGGGAGGACCCUCCCCAUAGGCCAGAAUUUUCCGAUCCGAGGAAUUCAGUUCUAUGACGGCCCCGUCAACAUCCAGAACUGCACUUUCCGCAAGUUUGCGGCCCUGGAGGGCCGGCAUACCAGUGCCCUGGCCUUCCGGCUGAACAACGCUUGGCAGAGCUGCCCCCAUAACAACGUGACCAACAUUGCCUUUGAGGAUGUCCCGAUUACUUCCAGAGUGUUCUUCGGAGAGCCCGGGCCCUGGUUCAACCAGCUGGACAUGGACGGGGAUAAGACGUCGCUGUUCCAUGAUGUCGACGGCUCUGUGUCCGGGUACCCGGGGUCCUACCUCAUCAAGGACGACAACUGGCUGGUCCGGCACCCGGACUGCAUCAACGUCCCCGACUGGAGAGGGGCUGUCUGCAGCGGCCGCUACGCGCAGAUGUACAUUCAGGCCUACAAGACUAGUAACCUACGGAUGAAGAUCAUCAAGAACGAGUUCCCCAGCCGUCCGCUGUACUUGGAGGGGGCCCUGACCCGAAGCACCCACUACCAGCAAUACCAGCCGGUCGUCACGCUGCAAAAGGGCUACACCGUGCACUGGGACCAGACAGCCCCCGCCGAGCUCAUCAUCUGGCUCAUCAACUUCAACAAGGGCGACUGGAUCCGCGUGGGGCUCUGCUACCCCCAAGGCACCACCUUCUCCAUCCUGUCGGACGUGCACAACCGCGUGCUGAAGCAGACGGCCAAGACGGGCACCUUCAUGCGCACCUUACAGAUGGACAAGGUGGACCAGAGCUUUCCGGGCAGAAGCCACUUCUACUGGGACGAGGACUCAGGGCUGCUGUUCCUGAAGCUGAAAGCGCACAACGAGAGAGAGAGGUUUGCCUUCUGCUCCGUGCGAGGCUGCGAGAGAAUCAAGAUUAAGGCUCUGAUCCCCAAGAACGCGGGCGUCAGCGACUGCACGGCCAGCGCCUACCCCAGGUUCGCCGAGAGGGCUGUCGUGGACGUGCCCAUGCCCAGGAAGCUCCCUGGCUCCCAGCUGAAGACAAAGGACCGCUUCUUGGAGGUGAAGAUGGAAAGUUCCGGGCGGCGCUUCCUCCACCUCAUGAGCGACUUCGCAUACAUUGAAGUGGAUGGGAUGAAGCACGCCAGCGCAGAGGACGGCCUCCAGGUGGUGGUGAUCGAUGGCAGCCGGGGCCACGUGCUGAGCGAGGCGAGCUUCCGGAACGCCAUUCUGCAGGGCAUCCCGUGGCAGCUGUCUGAGCAUGUCGCGGCCAUCCCCGACAACUCCAUAGUGCUCAUGGUGUCCAAGGGAAGAUACACCUCCAGGGGCCCCUGGACCAGAGUGCUGGAAAACCUCGGGGCAGACAAGAGCCUCAAGCUGAAAGAGAAGAUGGCAUUCGUUGGCUUCAAAGGGAGCUUCCGGCCCACCUGGGUGACUCUGGACACGGACGACCACAAGGCCAAGAUCUUCCAGGUGGUGCCGAUCCCCGUGGUGAGGAAGAAGCAGCUGUGAGGAGGCCUGCUCGCGGUGCCACCCCCGAUGCGCGGUGACGGCGGCCCCAGGCGGCGGCCCCUGUCACAGCAGCAUCAGCCCUGAUGGGCCGGGGGGGCUGUCAGAGAUGCCCGGUGCUGCCCACCCCCCUGCAGCCCCCACUCGUGUCUCCCUGCAGCCCCGGGGGGUGGAGCUGCCCACGCCGGAGACCUUCUCUUCCCUGCAGCUUCCUGGGUGCUUCUCUCCUGUCUGUGCCUCUGCAGGGGGAGGGGGCUGCGUACCAGGAGCCCGGGCAGUGCUGGCAACCGGGUCUGCUUCGGCGGGAGCCCCGGUCCAGCCAUUUGCAGAUCCCCGUGCUCUCCAGCACGCGUGGUAGUGGGUGGAGACGGGAAAGAAGAGACUGGUCUUCGGUCUUGGGGAAAUCUCUGUUCCUGUAAGCAAGCACCAACCUUGUGGGGUUAGGAGCCGGCGUGUAGACAGCACUCGCCAAGGUGGGACUGGCUCCCCUCAGGGAAUGGGCGAGCCCUGCCUCUGGAGGGGUUCAGCCUUUCCGGAGACUUCAGGUCAUGGGAUGGGGGGAGGACUAGGUGACUUCUAGAAGUUGUGAGAUUCCAGAAGUCUGUGGCUUUUCCUACCGCACAUAGAACCCAGCUGUAGAUGAGGAGAUUCUUUCGGGCCAGCGCCUGUGACGCGGGGUGCCUGGGGCAUGCAGGGUUGGGGUGGUGAGAAGCCAGGCCUGUAGUCAGGGGCUUGCAGGCUGGGGGCCCAGGCGGUCAGGUAUGCACGCCCUCCGAUACCAGGUAGAGAAUGUGAAGGGGGGACGAUGAGGACCCACGCAGGUGCCCUGCAGGGAAGGAUCCCGCAAGCUUGGGUGGGUCAGGAAGCUUCCUGCAGGAGGAGGAAGGGGGCCCACAGGAGGGAAGGGCAGGGCAUCUUGGUGAGCAGAGGGGUUCGGAGGUGCAGCCCUUCCCGCCUGCAUCUGCCAAAGCUGGUGACUGCAGGUCACCCUCUGCCUGUUGCUUGCUGGCCCACUCACCACGGCCAAGCAUGCAAGGGAGGGUGGGCUGGGGGGGCUUAUAUCGCCCCCCCGCGGGGAGCACUUUGGUCCCCAGCCAGCCCCCCUCUGACCCCGGACGGGGGUGGAGCUAGGUUGAGAGAAGUGAGCUCCUGUUUGGGGCCUCAUGCGCUCUUGAAUGGGCUCACCCCUCAAUGAGCCCGGGGUUUCAGGGUUGGAAAGGACCUUAAUGAUGACCUAGUCCCAAACCCUCAUUUUUUGGAUGGGGCACGUGAGACCCCACACAGCCAGGCGGGGGGCCGGGCCAGGAGCCCCACGCCCAGCACCUGCUGCCACACCACAUUGCCUCAACAACUGGCCCCAGAGUGUCCCGCACUCCCGAGGGAGCCCCCCAAAUGGGGCCAAGCCCCCUGGAAGGAAAAAACUGACCAGAAUAGAGAGAACUAGCUGGUGGCGGUUUCCCUCCUGGCCUUCUGUGCACACAGCGCUGCCCUCCCGCGGGCUGGCGGCGGCCCUACAGCGUCCACGCUGUUCCAAGCACCGGCCGUCCCUCGAGAGGGCUCGCGGCCGCCACGACCCUCCCACUGGUGCCCCCUGGUCUGCACGCCUGCAGGCGGGGGCCGGGGGACUGUGUCGGGGCACACUGCCAUGGUUCUGGUGAGCCGGCGUGGCUGCUCCCGGGGGCCUGCCGAGCUGUGGGGCCCACCGCAGGCCCUUCAGCUACUGCUCACCACCCUGCAGAGAGCUCCGGGAAGGAGGGACGCUCCCGCUCUCUGUUGAGGUCCCCGGGUCACGGGGGGCUCCAUGGGGAGCUGCGUUUUCCCCUUUCCUGCGCCAACCACACACCCUUUCUUCAAAGAG